GUAUUGUUACAGCGAUAAUAUCACACGAAAAUCUACCAACUCAACCGAAGGCGCUUUUAAUUGCGAAAUCUCUUCGCUCAAAAACGCCCUCCUUUCCCGUCAGAUUCCUUCCCCUGAACAUCCAGUACCAGUUUGUGUAUCAGCUGAUUGCAUGGCAGUGCGUGUUCGUUCAAUUUAAAGACAUCUGUAAAUAGUUUCCAACGAGUAAACAAUCUCCCAUACGCGAGAGACCUUCCGUUCCGUACUUCAAUUUCAAUAGGCUAAUUAGUUUCACGUGUGAUAUCGGAAGCAAGCAAUGAGCAACCGACGCAGUAUUCGAUUCUACUAUGAUCUCAUAUCGCAACCAUGCAGAGCAUUGUUCAUAUUCCUUCAUCAAACCAAAAUACCUCACCAGAAGUGUCCCACGGCGUUACGGAAGUGGGAACACACGACACCGGAUUUUUUACGGAAUGUGAACCGUUUCGGAAAGGUACCCGCCAUCGUCGAAGACGACAGCUUCCGACUGGCGGAAAGUAUUGCCAUCCUACGCUAUCUGGCCCGGGAGUAUUCCGUGCCGGAUCACUGGUACCCGCGGGAAAGCCACCGGAGAGCACGGGUUGACGAGUAUCUUGAAUGGCAGCACUCAAACACGCGAGCUCACUGUGCCAGUUACGUCCGGUACGUGUGGAGGGGUCCACUACGGGGAGAACCGCUGGAACAGAAGACGGCGGAACGGCUCCGGGCAGAAAUGAUUGCCUGUUUGGAUUUCAUCGAGACGAAUUUGCUCAGCGAGCGGGCUCGUUUUAUCGCGGGUGGGAGAGAAAUAUCGAUUGCUGAUUUGGUGGCGGCGUGCGAAAUUGAACAGCCUAAAUUGACAGGCUACGAUGCACGUGUGGGACGACCGAGGUUAGCAGCUUGGAUGCAGCGAGUAAGAGACCGUACCCAGCCGGACUACGACGAGGCUCAUAAAAUACUGAAUAAACAUGCACCGCGGGUGACACAUUAGGUAGCUAAUUUUGUAUUAUGGUGAAGACCGUGGAAAAAAAGAUACGUUGAGUUUAUUUGUACAAAACAAUUACCACUAUUUAUACAUUGUUGCAAUAUGGUUAUUAGUUGAAG